CUCCUGCCUGCUCAACAAUUAUUCACUUAUGUAAUUUAAUUUGGUCUUAAAAAUUCAUUAAAAAUAUUUUUUCUCGAUUAAUUUUUUUUGAAAUAUUAUAUUUUUCAUGGUUUUAGACAUGUGCACUUAACUUACUUAUGCUCUUAGAAUUUAAAUUAUAUUGUAAAUUACUUCGCAGCAAUAAUUAAUCUUUUGUUUUUUUAUUUUUGCAAUAAAAAUUUCUUAAUUAAAUUUUAAUUUAAAUUAGCUUUUUACAAAUAGAGAAUAUUUGUUAAAUUCAAAUAUAUAUAUGCAUGAAGAAAUAACUUAAUUUUAAGCCAAAAUGACUAUGGAAGCUUAUGUCAAGUAGAUAUGGGCAGAAACUGGCACAGAAUUGAAGAAUAAACUGAUUACAAUAAUAUAAUCAUGACAUUUGCAUGUAUAUAUGGCAUGGGUAAAUUCAGAAGUGAAGAAUAAAGAUUUAAUUAUGGCUUUAAAUUGACUGAACCUACUAGAUUAUUAAUAAAUACAAAAAGGCUUCACAGUUAUUUUCUGGUAAAUAAUUAAGUCCAUAGUAAUUUUGGCUUAAAAUUAAUUUUUUCCCAUACAUUUAUAUACUUAAAAUAAAUUGAUAUUGGUGCACAUUACAAAACCCAUUUUCUCUUUGCAUCUUCUUAAGUCGCAACCAUCAAGCUGCUUCUACAUAUGUCUUUAUGGUCGCAUUUCAACCCAAUGCUGUGUUUGAAGAGAGUAUCAAUAUCAUUUAGAGGAUGCCAUGUUUAUACUAUAACAAACAGGGCACAAACCACAGAAACACAGAAAAAAAAAUCCUGUGUGUGUCUAAGAAGCAGUACUAUAUUUAUUUUAAGGAGAUGUAAUUACAACUUCCGGCUUGUAAGCAUACAUGUAGUCUCUGCCAUUUUCAAACUGCAACUGUUAAACUCAAAUCUCUCAAUUAAUCCAGUCAACACUGCAUUUAAAAUAAUGCAUGAAAGCAUGCUUAAUUUUCCACCCUUCUUUAAAUAUUUCAACUAAUGUGUUUCAAAAUCUGAAAUCUGGAAUUGCAGGUAUAACCUAUGAUUUUCUGUUAUGUCCUUUUUGAAUUUUGAGCUCCAAUAGAUAACCAGUAUAUUUCAUAAUGAAAAUAGUAAGAAUUAUUAGAGAUGACCCAUACUUUAAUAUUUUUAUUUGGUUCAGUUCAUUAUAUCAAAAAACUUAAAAGGGAUUCUGUAUGUGUUGUCUUUAUUAGAAGAUAAAAAGUCCAAAUUUAUAAUCAGAAAUGUUGCACUCCCAAGUGCUUGGCAGUGCAACAUUACAUAACAUGUUGCACUCGAGUUACUUGGGAGUGCAACCUCCCAAGCAACCCAACUCCUAGGAAAUCGCAUCCGAAGCAGACCUAGCAGCUAUGGGUCUCACACCGGCUCUGGGUAACAGCCCCGAUCAGGGGGACUUGCUGCAGAGUCAACCUCCAGAAUGCUCACUUCUAUGCACCACAUUUUCCAACAUCCAGAGGGUGUGGAAUUCAGCAAUGGGGUCAUCCCAUUUCGCUCGCCACUUCUAAGGGUUCUUAGUAAUAUUCAUACAGUUAAAACAAAAUGGGAUGCAAGAACUCCAAACUUAUGGACAUUUAAUUCAAAGGUUUCAACUGAAUCUUCUUUAGAAGAGGGUCAAAUAUUCAUCAGAAGUGACAAGUGUUUUGCAACUUCAGCUUCUGUUUACAGUUGUCAAAAAACUAUGACAAACACGCUGAAACAAUCAUCAACACAGCGUACAGGCUAUCAGGGUGAAGACAGCUUCAUGUCAAAGCACUAGAGUACAGCUCCCAACACUGUUCGUCAUUCCCGGAACUUGAUGUACUCUUGAGACUCUCCAUGCUACAACUCGUGAUGCACUCAACACACUCGAUUGCCUCAAUGUUGCACACUCGUGAUAAACUGAUGAGACACUCUCGUGAUGCACUAACUUGCGAAACACUGGACAACCAACUUGACUCUUUAGACUGAGGAUCAGCUUGAUAGACUAAGUGAGAUACACCCUCUCCACAUACCAGCAGGAUUUAUAUAGUUUUUGGCCUGCCUUCGAGAACAUUGGGGAGCAACCCGGUAGGUAUUCAUUCUAG